AUGAGCCCCGAUACUACGUCGCCGGACCCGAACGGGUCCCAUCCCGAGAAACAUGCAGGCGCCGUGGAUUCGGGUUCCCAGAGUCCCCCCGAGAAUCUGAAUGGCAGCACCAACGACGCGUCUUCCGUCGAAAAGACUAAUCCUCGCAACAUUCAUGGCUGGAAGUGGGCCGUCGCUUACUCUGCCAUGCUCUCCACCACCUUCCUUUUCGCCCUCGAUAACACCAUCGUCGCCAACAUCCAGCCGGCCAUCAUCAACGACUUUGGCCACCUCGAACUGCUGUCAUGGAUCGGCACUGGCUUCGCCCUCGGCACCAUGUUCAUCCUGCUCUGGGGCAAGGUAUAUGGGGUCUUCAACAUCAAAUGGGUCUACAUCUUCAACAUCUUCCUGUUUGAGGCCGGCAGCGCCUUGUGUGGCGCUGCUCCCAACAUGGAGACUCUCAUCAUUGGCCGUGUCAUCUCCGGUGUCGGCGGCUCUGGCAUGUACUCGGGCACCCUGACCUAUGUGUCCGUUUUGUCAAACGAGCAAGAGAAACCUGCGUAUCUUGCUGGUAGCACUGUGAUUUGGGGAGUUGGCAGUGUCCUUGGCCCGGUGGUCGGCGGUGCCUUUGCCGCAAGCAGUGCCACCUGGAGAUGGGGAUUCUACGUCAGCCUCCCAGUGGGCGCUGCCUUUAUCCCGGUCUACUUCCUGUUAUUCCCAAGCGUCGACCCUCAUCCCACCAAGACCCUAGCGGAGAAGUUCCGCCUGGUUGACUGGGUCAAUGCUGUUAUCUUCCUCGCUGGCUCCGCCUGUCUGACCGUUGUUCUCACCUUUGGCGGCGUCGUCUACCCCUUCCGGUCCGGUACUGUCAUCGCGUUGUGGACAGUCACGGGCGUCCUCCUGGUCGCCUUCAUCGUCAUGCUCAAGAUGCACCCACUGGUCUCCAAGGAGAAUCGUCUCUACCCUGUGCACUUCUUCAAGCAGCCGACCCUGAUCAACAUGCAGCUUCAGGUAUUCCUGUCGUCAGGAAUUAUCCUCGCCAUGACAUACUUCAUUCCGCUCUACUUUCAGUUCGUCAAGGGUGACGGGGCGCUUGACGCUGGCGUUCGUUUACUUCCACUGAUCAUGUUCAUGGUCGUCGCCUCCAUGGUCAACGGCUUCCUGAUGCCGAGAUACGGACUGAUCCCUGUCUGGUACAUCGGAGGCAGUUCCCUUGCGCUUAUUGGAACCGCUCUAAUGUUCACCGUGAAUGACACGACACCCAACGCCAACAUAUACGGCUACAACAUUCUCGUGGGAGCCGGCACCGGAUGUUAUAUUGUAGCUGGUUUCGCUAUUGUGCAAUCUCUAGUCCCUGGUUACGACGUUGCAAAUGCCGUCGGCGCCAUGACCAUUUCCCAGGACCUUGGCAUGGUUCUCUUCCUAGCCAUCAGCGGAAGUCUUUUUCACAACAUAGCAGUCGACAAGGUCGGCAAGGCCCUCCCGGAUGUCUCCCAUACCGAGAUUGGCAACCUCAUCGCAGGAUCGACCAGCAGCGCAUUCCAGGCACUAACAGACGCCGAGAAGGCCCUGGUGAUUCCCGAGAUCGCGAGUGCCAUGACGAGUAUCUGGGCGUUUUUCCUUGCGGCAGCCGCUCUGAGUGUGGUGUGCUCUCUGCCACUGCUAAGAACCAAACUCGGCGGUGGCAAGAAUGCGCCAGCAGUCACUGCGGCGUAA